AUGGUUGCGCCAGCUGUUCCGGAAAUCACGGAGGAGAUUCUCCAUGAGUCGAUUGAUGCACGAACGGACAUCUUGUCAUCGCUGCGAGAGUUAGGCCCCCCAGAUCUGGUUCAAUUGAUAAAACAAGCUCCGAGAAAUCCUGGGAAGCAGACUGGGGUGUAUCACCAUGUUACUGGAGUGGAUGCAUCUUCGUCUGCCAGUCUGGCAGCAUACAUUAAUACUCUCACAUACAAAGAAAACCAUCAAUCCACCACCAAGAUAGUUGAAGGCGUUUAUUGUUGCUAUAAUGCAUUCUCGCGACUCGACAUGCGGGUGCAUGUAACGAUACCCGGAAGCGUUGACGGCUACUGCAUCGAUGAGCGUGGGGAGAAGAGACAAGCUUCGGAUGAGUUGUGGCUGGAAACAUAUCUUUGCAGUGUUUUACGUGCAUACUCAUAUGCAGAUGACGGGAGUGGAGACAUAAUCAAGAAGAUCAUGGCGGUUAGGAGGUUUAACCCGGUCACCAAUACAGAAACUGAGCACCGUUUCCUACAAGCAGCUGAGCAGUUAUUCUUCAGGGGUUGGCAACUCGGCUCUGAUUCGGUUGUUCAAGUUCCCAACAAUGUCUCGAAUCAUCUCACUGCCGGACUUCUCAAAUACUUCCGUACAACUGGGCGAUUCGCAUCAGGAAUCAACCUGUUCGAAAAACUCCGAACCCGAAAUGUCGAAGUCUCAUCGCUCCUGGCAAAGGUCCUAUUUAUGGCCAACGAGGGAGUUCAGGCUGUCAGAGUGUUGCACGAGUCGGUUAAACAGUCACCUAUGGAUUAUGUGAUGCUUGAUACACAAGCAGAAUUUUUAAAGAACAAGGCCCUCAAUCCGAAUACUCCCGAGCUCAAACAGGAAAGAUUACGGAUGGCACUUGGUUGUGCAGAUCGAAGCACCGUUGCUGCUCCCAGCGAGUUUGGUACAUGGGCGAGAUUGGCAGAAGUCUACGUUGCUAUGGAGGACUGGGAAAAUGCGUUGACCACUCUAAAUUCCUGUCCUAUGUUCACAUACCAGGACAAAGAUGCCCCAGUCAUGCCAGAACCCAAGGAAAUUUACUUGCCUAUCCUACCGGAAGCUCGUUUGGAUGAACUUGAGACCGAGCCGGAAUCGAAAUAUGGUGAGCCGACCCACCCAAGUCUAUCAAAUCUCCGAGCCGCCCAGUACCGAGGGACAUUUAAGCACGCCUACAGCAUAUUGACCGAAAUGACCGCGAAGAUUGGAUGGGAUCAGCUGCUGAAGAUUAGGAGUAAUGUGUUUGUGAUGGAGGAAGAAUACCGCAGCGAGAAACAGCCGCCUGCUGGCCAACAAGGUGAUACAGACAAGCGUAACCCAAGCACAGACGUACUGAGAGGAAGUCCAGGUCCUCCGGUAAAUGGCGACGACCACACCGACGACGGAAAGAGCACGAAUGGCGGCGCAGCCUUGCCUUCCGUAGUGGCAGAGAACGGGCCGGCAGAGAACGAAUCGGCAGAGAACGAAUCGGCAGACAACGAACCGGCAGAGAACGGGCUGGCAGAGAACGAGCCGGCAGUAGAUGAGCCGGUAGAGAAGCCAUCGCACACAGUGACGCCAGAGGAAGCCAAGGGAGGCAAUGAAGAUUCCGAAGCAACAGAAGAGCAACUGUCCAGAUUCAACAAUAAACGACUAUGUGAACGCUGGCUUGAUAGCUUAUUCAUGGUGCUCUACGAAGACCUCCGGAUAUACACGAUCUGGCGCACUGAAAUGGCCCAAUAUCGGGCCCAAUCCAUGCAAUACAAGAAAUCUGCCGAAGAAUGGGAAAUACUUGGCUCACUUGCAGACCGUCUCCAUCACCACAGCGAAGCCGUGGAAGCUUACCGAGCAUGUCUGGCUAUCCGCUUCUCUCCAAAAGCUCUAUUUGGCAUCCUCGCCGAUCUCGAAAAGAACAAGAACACGCGCGAGACUGUUGCAGCUGUGAUCCGCCUAAUCACCUGGCAGUAUAAAUGGUACUCGGAGUUUAGCCCAGAAUUGCUUCUAACAAUACGCACAUUGAUCGAGGACGAGGGCGCCGUGAAAGUCAGGAGCAUCAUCCAGGCCACAAGCAUGCCACAGAACGUGUUAGAUUUAACGCACCAUUACGCGGCGCUCUGCGCAGCGUUUAGGAGCAGUGGAACGGAGGCUUGA